UGUUUUCUUAUGGAACGGAUCAGAAAUGCAAGAGAGGGUUUUACUGUCUAGCCGGUCAAAACAAAUCUGUACUAAAGAGAAGCCUUCUUCUACCUUAGAACCAUUGUCUCUCUGAUCUGGUUUACACAGUUAGAUAAUACUUCUUUCUUCGACACAAUAUUUGUCUUGUCCGUCUCGAGAUUGCAUAGUUAUAAGGGUGUAAGAAAAUUUCUUCAACUGAAAAAACUGCAGCCCUUGUAAACAAAAUUACAAGUUCUUGUUGUUAGUUUCCAAAAACUUAAGAAACCCAUCUAGGGAACUCUGGUUUAUUACCUGGUUUUCCAUCUUUUUCACCGCAUCUGAAAUUUUUUAGCAGAUUCAUCAUUGUUCUUGGAAUCUCAUCCUGUUGUUUAGUUGAUGGAAUAUUCAUGUCCUAGAAACAGAGUUGACCUGGAUCGUGAUUUAUUUUAGUUAAGAGUUAUGGUGGAGGAAGGGAAUAUUGAAGCCUCUAACAAGGCUGUGGAGGAAGAUAAUGGACCGAAAGGAUUGUAUUACUGUUUCUGGGGUCCAAUAUAUUGGUUUAGGAUGCUUGCCAUGGAAACGCAUUGGAGUUUUGUAUUUGCCGUUGUAUCCACUUAUGGAAUAAGCCAGGGAUUGGGCGGGGCUCUUGCUCGUGUCGGCACCGAGUAUUAUAUGAAGGAUGUUCAAAAGGUACAGCCUUCUGAGUCUCAGGUUUACACGGGGAUUACUUCAAUUCCUUGGAUUGUCAAGCCUAUUUGGGGCCUUCUCACAGAUGUUAUCCCCAUUAGGGGUUAUAGAAGACGACCCUAUUUCAUUCUAUCUGGUUUGCUUGGUUUGGUAUCCAUGCUUAUAAUAUCAUUGCACGGCAAGCUGCAUCUGGUAUUUGCCCUGAUGGCAUUGACAGCAGGAAGUGCUGGGGUUGCUAUAGCAGAUGUGACUGUUGAUGCAUGUGUAGCACAGAACAGCAGUAAGAUUCCUUCCCUUGCAGCUGACAUGCAAAGCUUGUGUAGUUUGAUGUCUGCCAUUGGAGCUCUCAUAGGAUUCUCUAUCAGUGGUGUUUUUGUUCACCUAAUUGGCCCUAAGGGGGUGUUUGGAUUGCUGACUAUCCCAGCUGCCCUUGUUUUCUCAGUUGGGAUCGUCCUUUUCGAGCCCCAUGACGCCAACUUUGCCUACAAAGAGGUAAGCAAGAAGUUCCUCGAUGCUGGCAAGGCUAUGUGGAGAACAUUGAAAUGUCCCGAGGUCUGGAGGCCCUGUUUAUAUAUGUAUCUAUCCUUCGCACUGAGCUUGAAUAUAAAUGAAGGAUUGUUCUAUUGGUACACAGACUCGAAGGAGGGUCCCUUAUUCUCUCAGGAGACUAUUGGUUACAUUUUCUCAUUUGGUGCAGUUGGUGCACUCUUGGGGGCAAUACUCUACCAAAAUAUAUUGAAGGAUCAUCCUUUUCGAGACUUGCUUUUCUGGAUUCAGUUAUUCUAUGGUUUGGCAGGGAUGUUAGAUCUGAUAUUGGUGCUGCGAAUAAACUUGAAGUUUGGAAUACCGGAUUCUGUCUUUGUUGUGAUCGGCGAAGCUGUAACUCAAAUGAUUGGACGACUCAAAUGGAUGCCCCUUCUUGUACUGAGUGCAAAGCUUUGUCCUUCAGGUAUCGAAGGCACAUUCUUUGCCUUGCUCAUGUCGAUCGAUAACUUUGGACUUCUAUCAUCCUCAUGGGGAGGAGGCUUGCUGCUUCACACGUUGAAUGUUACUCGAACCAAAUUCGGAAGUCUUUGGCUGGCGAUAUUGAUUCGAAACAUAUUCAGACUUUCUCCUCUUGGUGUUUUGUUUUUGAUUCCCAGAGGUGACCCCAACUCUUCCAUUCUUCCAACUGAAAUGUUGGGCAGCGAAGAUGAGACGGUAGCUGAAGAAUCCAAUAACAUUGAAUUGGUCUCACUUGUUAACAGCGUCGAUGGUAGAUAAUCUAUAAAACAAUCAUACAGUUCCACACAAGCACGCAUUUAUUUGAAACUUUGUGGAAAUCAAUAAUUCUAGUCACCGGGGCGCAAUGAAGAUUUCCACGAGAUGGUUUCCUAUCAUAAAAUUCUUACACGUCUGUUUUCCCUGCAUGAAUGGCUUGUGAAAUCAAGUUUAGAUCAAAGCCUGAAAUAAAGUUUUGUUUUUUACA